CCACCCAGCCGCCUGCCACACCUGGGGCCAUGGACUGGCCAUGCCUCCAUUUUCCCAGCCCUUUCGCUGCAGUGUGAGCGUGCCGGAGGAUGCUUGCAGUCGGGGACAAGGGCCUCCUGCCUCCCUGCUUCAGACCGGCGGCCCAACAGGCAGCAGGGUGCUCCUCACUCUUGUGCCCCCCUGGCACCAAGCGACAGUCCAGGGCAGCUGCCAGCUGAGAAGCCAGCCUGGCUGCCACCCGUCCAAAGCACCGUGGACCGUCCUGCCACGUGCGACUCGCUUUCCCACCAGUGCUGCGCCGUUUAUGGACCAUGGAGAAGAAGGGGAGAAGGGGAGUCCCUGGUGCCCCCCUCUGGCCCACCCGGGGAGCCCUGCUCUUCCUCUGCCUGCUGGGGCUCGGCCCUGCACCAGCCUCUCCAGAAAUCUGCGAGAGCAUGGACAUCCGCGUGGAUCCCGCACAGCUGCACCGCCUGGAGAACUGCUCGGUCAUCGAGGGCAGCCUGCAGAUCCUGCUGAUGUUCACAGCCGGCAGUGAGGACUUCCGCUCGCUGGCCUUCCCGCGCCUGGUUCUCAUCACCGAGUACCUGCUGCUCUUCCGUGUCUAUGGGCUGGAGAGCCUCCGUGACCUCUUCCCCAGCCUGGCCGUCAUUCGUGGGGCUAGCCUCUUCUUCAGCUACGCCCUGGUCAUCUUCGAGAUGCCGCACCUGCGCGACAUCGGCCUGCGCAGUCUGACCAACGUGCUCAAUGGCUCGGUCAGGAUUGAGCGCAACCAGGAGCUCUGCCACAUCUCCACCAUCGACUGGGCGCUGCUGCAGCCACCACUCGCACUUGAGCACAACAUCAUCCGGGACAACAAGCCAGCCGAGGAGUGCGCCGACGUCUGCCCGGGCAUCCUGGGUGGGGAGGAGCCCUGUGUGCAGACUCCCGCUGGCCUGGCCGGACCCUUGGAGUACCGCUGCUGGACAUCCAGCAACUGCCAGAAAGUGUGUCCGUGCAAAGGCGCCGCUUGUACAAGCAAGGACGAAUGCUGCCACCCGGAAUGCCUGGGGGGUUGCAGCCGUCCUGGGGACCCCCAGGCCUGCGUAGCCUGCCGCCACUUCUACUUCAAUGGGCGCUGCCUCAGCUCCUGCCCGGACCUCACCUACGAGUACGAGCAGUGGCGCUGCGUGACGGCGGAGCACUGCGGCAGCCUGCGCAAGGUCUCCGAAAACCUCCGGGACUCCUCCAGGUUUGUCAUCCACCAGAGGCAGUGCCUGGCCGAGUGUCCCCCGGGCUACCAGAAGAACGAGAGCAGCCUCGUCUGCCAUGAGUGCCAAGGGCUGUGCCCCAAGGAAUGCAAAGUGGGCACCAAAACCAUUGACUCCACCCGGGCAGCCCGAGACCUGGCCGGCUGCACCUUUAUCGAAGGGAACCUGAUCGUGAACAUCCGCCGGGGCGAAAAUCUGGCCUCCACUUUGCAAAGCAGCCUCGGUCUGAUUGAGACCAUCACAGGCUUCCUGAAGAUCCGGCACUCCUUCGCUCUCAUCUCCCUCAGUUUCUUCAGGAACCUCAAACUGAUCCGGGGCGACUCCAUGGUGGACGGGAACUACACCCUCUACGUGCUGGACAACCAGAACUUGCAGCAGCUGUGGGACUGGAGCCAGCACCGCCUGUCCAUCCCGGUGGGGAAGGUGUAUUUUGCCUUUAACCCCAAGCUGUGUCUCUCGGAGAUCUUUCGGAUGGAGGAGGUCACGGGGACCAAGGGCAGGCAGAACAAGGCGGAGAUCAACCCCCGGACAAACGGGGAUCAAGCCUCUUGCAAGACCCAAACUCUCCGCUUUGUGUCCAACACCACCGAGUCGGACCGUAUUGUGCUCAAGUGGGAACGCUACCAGUCUCCCGAGUCCCCGGACCUCCUCAGCUUCAUUGUCUACUACAAGGAAUCCCCCCUCCAGGACGUGAGCGAGUAUGUCGGGCAGGACACCUGUGGGGCCAACAGCUGGAACCUGGUGGAUGUGGAGCUUCCCCUCAGCCACGACCAGGAGCCAGGUGUCACUCUGCAGAAUCUGAAGCCGUGGACGCAGUACGCCAUUGCCGUGCGGGCCAUCAGCCUUACCACCGCCGAGGAGAGGCGCAACUUUGGGGCCCAGAGCGAGGUGGUCUACGUCCGCACCUUGCCUGCAGUGCCCACGGUGCCCAGGGACGUCAUCUCCAUGUCCAACUCUUCCUCCCACUUGAUCGUCCGGUGGAAGCCGCCCUCCCAGCCCAACGGCAACCUCAGCUACUAUCUGGUGCUGUGGCAGCAGCUAGCUGAGGACUCGGAGCUCUUUGCCAACGACUACUGCCACAAAGGGCUCCGCCUGCCCACCAGCAGCGCAGACACCCGCUUUGACACCAGCGACAGCGAGGAGCGCGAGGAUGCCGUGGACCAGCAGUGCUGCCCCUGCCAUAACCCCGUCGGGCAGAGCCAGCCCAACGUGGAAACUGUGUCUUUCCAGAAGAAGUUUGAGAACUUCCUCCAUAAUUCCAUCAUCCUGCCCAGACCCCCUUGGAAAGUCACCUCCAUCGACAAGAUCUCUUCUUACCGGACCCCCAAGAGGCGCAGAGACACCUUUUCCGUGACCGUGGGGAGCCAGGGCUAUGCCAACUCCUCCUGGCCUGCCCUGGGGAGCCCCAGCGAUGCAGCCGUGGCCCACCAGGCUGAGAUGGACUCUAAGACAGAGAAGGACUUCCGCCUCUUUGAGGAUAAAGUCGUUCGGGACCGGACAGUCAUCUCCAACCUGCGCCACUUCACCGAGUACCGAAUUGACAUUCACGCCUGCAACCAUGCGGCCCAGACUGUGGGGUGCAGCGCUGCGGCCUUUGUCUUUGCUCGGACGAUGCCGGAAGCUCAAGCCGACAACAUCCCCGGGAACUUGACCUGGGAGCCGGCCAGCAAGAACAGUGUCCUCCUCCGCUGGCAGGAGCCAAAGAACCCCAACGGCCUCAUUCUGAAGUACGAGAUCAAGUACAGCCGGGAGAGCGAGAAAGUCAUCUCGGUGCUCUGCGUGUCCCGCCACCGCUAUGCCCGCUAUGGGGGCUACCACCUCGCCCUCCUCCAGCCUGGCAAUUACUCCGCCAAGGUCCGGGCCACCUCCCUGGCAGGAAACGGCUCCUGGACCAGCCCGAUGACCUUCUACAUCCUCGGGGGAGAGGAAGAGGAACCCGGGAAUUUCUACGUCUUCCUGACACUCACCCCAGUGGUUCUGAUGCUUGGCAUCACCUGCCUGGCUGUCUUCGUCUUCUUGUACAACAAGAAGAGGAGGACCGAAGGGUACCCCAGCGGCACGCUGUAUGCCUCGGUCAACCCCGAAUACUUCAGUGCCUCCAACAUGUAUGUCCCCGACGAGUGGGAGGUGCCUCGGGAACGGAUCACCAUCCUGCGAGAGCUGGGCCAGGGAUCCUUCGGGAUGGUCUACGAGGGGAUCGCCAAGGAUCUGGAGCAGGAGGGCGAGGAGACUCGGGUGGCGCUGAAGACCGUCAAUGAGCUGGCCUCCAUGCGGGAACGCAUUGAGUUCCUGAACGAGGCCUCCGUCAUGAAAGCCUUUCGCUGCCACCACGUGGUUCGCCUCCUUGGAGUGGUGUCCCAAGGCCAGCCAGCUGUGGUCAUCAUGGAGCUGAUGACGAGGGGAGAUUUGAAAAGCUACCUGCGCUCCCUCCGCCCGGAAGCCGAGAAUAACCCGGGCUUGCCUCCCCCGUCGCUGAAGGACAUGAUCCAGAUGGCCGGAGAGAUUGCCGAUGGCAUGGCCUACCUCAACGCCAAAAAGUUUGUCCACCGAGACCUUGCGGCCCGCAACUGCAUGGUGUCCGAGGACUUCACUGUGAAGAUUGGAGACUUUGGGAUGACCAGGGACAUCUACGAGACGGACUAUUACCGGAAGGGGGGGAAAGGGCUGCUGCCGGUCCGGUGGAUGUCCCCCCAAGCCCUGAAGGAUGGGAUCUUCAACACUCAGUCCGACAUCUGGUCCUUUGGCGUGGUGCUGUGGGAGAUUGCCACCCUGGCGGAGCAGCCCUACCAGGGCAUGUCCAAUGAGCAGGUGCUCCAUUUUGUGAUGGACAACGGGGUCUUGGAGAGGCCUGAGAAUUGUCCCGACAAGCUACACGACCUGAUGACUUGGUGCUGGCAGCAGAACCCACGUCUGCGCCCAUCUUUUGUCCAGAUUCUGGAGAGCAUCCAAGAGGACAUGAGCUCCAGCUUCCGUGCUCAUGCCUUCUUCUGCAGCCUGGAGAACAAGCACAGCAGCUCUGCGGGGGCUCUGGACCUUGAGACAGACAAGCUGCUGGAGGAGGAGGAGGAAGAGCCCAAACCAGCGGCCCCAGCCCUGGUCCCUCGGGGCAGCAGCCCCCAGUCCCUCUUUGGCCCUGGCCAGCCCAAUGACUGUUGCCCGCCCAGCAGGAAGCCACGCCUUUGAGGAGGGUCGGACCCCCUGUCGGUCGGUCGGUGGGGGGGGGCUGUGUCCUAGGUUGCUGGCCCAGUGGCAAAGCACCCCUCAAAUGCCAGGGGCACCGGGAGACUUUUAAGAUGAACUACUUUAUCACUCUGUUUUUGAAAGACAAAGCCGGGGGUGGGGUGGGCAGAGGCCGAUUGGCA